AUGUCAUCAAUUCUCCGCCAAAUAGUCGCAGGACCACGACUCCAACACCCAGAAGCAGGACUAGAUCUGUGCUAUGUCACCGACAAUGUCAUCGCAACCUCCGGCCCCUCAGCAACAUACCCACAGCGCGCAUACCGCAACCCACUAGACGCUCUAGUAACCUUCCUGGACAGCAAACAUGGCGCAAACUGGUGUAUCUGGGAGUUCCGCGCAGAGGGCACAGGAUACCCAGACAGCGAAGUCUACGAUCGAAUCCAUCAUUUCCCCUGGCCGGAUCACCAUCCACCGCCCUUUGCGCUGAUUCCUAAUAUAAUGGGGAGUAUGAGGAACUGGGUACAGCGGCUUGACGACAAAGACACCAAAGGGGCAGAUAAAGACAGGAACAAGGAGAACCAAAACGAAAAGGGGUCAGGGCGCGUCGCUGUUGUACAUUGCAAAGCUGGCAAGGGGCGCAGUGGGACGGUCGCUUGUUCGUACCUUAUCAGUCAAGAAGGGUGGAAGAAGGAAGACGCAUUGCAGCGGUUUACUGAGCGACGCAUGCGCGUGGGAUUCGGGCACGGCGUUAGUAUUCCGAGUCAAUUGCGAUAUGUUGACUAUGUGGAUCGGUGGACAAACGAGAUGGGGAAAGAGUAUUUUGAGCGUCCUGUUGAGAUCCUCGAGAUUCAUAUCUGGGGCUUGAGAGAUGGGGUCAAGGUUGCUGUGGAGGGGUAUGAAAAUGAAGGGAAGAAGAUUAAGUGUGUGCAUUUGUUCCAUCGGAGUGAGCGCACUGUUGUUGCAGACUGUGAUUCUGCGCCUGAGACUGAGUCGGAGGGUGGCAAUGGGAGUGGAAGUGGCAGCGGCGACAAGAAGUCAGAUCCACCAACUGGGAAACCGCUUCCUCCAGCUGCUACUUGGUCACCUGCAGCUUCGGGCUCACAAUCCGACGUCUCAGGAACAGGAACAAGAUCAGGCACAGGCACAGGAGCACGCAUGCCCGCGAUAAUCUUCCGACCCAGCAAGCCAGUCAUAGUCCCAAACUCAGACGUGAACAUCGACUUCGAACGACGCAGCAAAGCCUCCUACACAGGUUUCGCAAUGGUAACGUCCAUUGCACACGUCUGGUUCAACGCAUACUUUGAAGGCGGCGCAGACCAUGACUCGGGUGUCUUCGAGACAGAAUGGAGCGCUAUGGAUGGUAUCAAGGGUAGCGCGAGGAAGGGGAUUCGCGCAAUUGACAAGCUGAAGGUUGUAUGGCGGUAUCCGCCACCUGAUUCGAUUGAUCUCAAUGCCACUGCCAGUGCUGCCGGCGAGGGCAAAGGGAAGAGCGUUGAUACAACUGCAUCCGCAGAAGGAAGGCCGAUCAGCGAGCCGAAGCCUGGGGAACCAAUUCCAGAAAGUGGACCUGCUGAUUGGCGUGGACAUGCGGAUAAAGAGGAGAAAAAGACUUCUUCGGAGACUUCAUCAGUAAAGAGUGCUUCUGCCGGUGUAACUGCCAAAGCGAAGGACAUGGCACAUGCACUUGAGAAGGAACUCGGGUUAAGGAAGCAGGGGGAUGAGACCAAGGACGUAAGUCUUGCUGGGAGUGAAGAUGAGAUGGGAUUUACUACGGACGAAGAAGGGCGGAAAGUGAAGGCGAAUGCGAGUGCUGAGGAUUUGAAAGGGGUGAAGACGAAUUUUGGGAAUGGAAAGAAUGGAGGGGAUAAGGGCAAGUAA